CUGCGCGCGGCGUUGCGUGAAGACCCGGACGUGGUGUUGAUCGGGGAAUUGCGAGAUCUCGAGACGAUCGAAUCAGCGCUGCGGAUCGCUGAGACGGGCCACCUGACGUUCGCGACCGCGCACACCAAUUCCGCCUAUCAGACCAUCAAUCGGAUCAUUGACGUGUUUCCGGACAGCCAACAGGGCCAGGUGCGCACGCAGUUGUCGCUGGUACUCGAGGGCGUCAUGUGUCAGACGCUGCUGCCCAGGCGCUCCGGCGGCGGGCGAGUGGCGGCUGUCGAAGUCAUGGUACCGACCGCGGCGGUCAGAAACCUGAUUCGUGAAGACAAGAUUCAUCAGCUCUACUCCGUCAUGCAGGCGGGGCAGGAGAAAAACGGGAUGCAGACGAUGAAUCAGUCGCUUGCGACUCUCGUCAAGUCUCGGGUGGUGUCCGUGGAGACUGCCCUGGCGGCUUCCUCGAUGCCAAAUGAAUUGCGGGAUUUGAUCUCGCGCGGAGCAGGUGCCGUGCCCGGCGCGGGCGCGCGGUGCAUCGAGAGACGCUCGUCGACGCCGCAACGGUAG